AUGCUUUCUGAAGACGAAGCCCGCCAACUUUACCGCGAGUCCAUCCACAUCGACUCACUCAACAUUUCCAAUUGGGGACCAGAAAUUUUCCAGGCUUGGCGCAAGGGCGGCAUCACCGUCGUCUCGUGCACCUGCGGCCUUUGGGAGGACUUUAAAGGCACCAUUGCCAAUAUUGUUCAGUGGAAAAAGUGGUACGAGGAAUAUAGCGACCUAAUCAUGGAGAUCACUAGCAUUGAAGACAUCUACACUGCGAAGAAGCUCAACAAAACAGGCGUCAUCCUGAAUUUCCAGAACACCUCCGGCAUUGAGGACCAGCUGGACUACCUGCGUGUGUUCCGCGAUCUCAAUGUCCGCCAAAUGCAGCUCACGUACAACACGCAGAACUACUCCGGUGCCGGCUACACCGAGUUGCGCGACUCUGGGCUGACUGGUUUUGGCAGAGAGGUGGUGGACCACAUGGCCGUUCUGGGGAUCGUGUGCGAUUUGUCGCAUGUCGGGCACCAGACGACGAUGGACACGAUCGAGUACGCGCGCAAGCCGCCGUGCUUCUCGCAUGUGUUGCCGUCCGGGAUGAAGGAGUCUGGUCGCAACAAGACCGAUGAAGAGAUCCGGGCGCUGGGGGCCAAGGGCGGCAUGGUUGCUGCUUCCAAUUUCGGUCCCCACAUGAAGAAGGGCAACGACAGCACGAUCGACGAUUACGUGGAGGUGUUGGAAUAUUUCAUUGACCUUGUGGGGGAAGAUCUUGUCGGGAUUGGGUCCGACGCGUCGGAGGGUCACGCCCGGCCGUCGCCGUUCCUGGAGUGGUGCAACAAGGACAAGGGCUACGCGCGCAAGAUGACCGAGUGGGGCAGCGCACCGGUCGUCAAGCCGUUGGGCAAGCUGGCCGACCGCGAGGAGCUGGCCGUGGCCAUGGCCAGACGCGGCUGGACGGCCGAGAGAAUGCGCAAGGUGUUGGGUCUCAAUUGGCUCAACUAUUAUCAGCGUAUCUGGGAAAAUUGA